ACGUCACUUCCUGUUUGCUGAGAGCGCGUGGUUUGAGUCGGAGCUCUUUCAAAUUUAUUCUUAAUACAUCGUUUAUUCUUGUUAUAUCUUAAGACUUGUGUUUUAAAUUGUUAUCCUCCGAGGGUAAAACAUAUCCUUAAAUAUAUCCCAUACCAAAAUCGUAUUUAAACGCACAGAUAAUUUAUUUUUAUCGGAUCACUCGCUAUUAGCCUCAGGCUGUUAGCAUUCCCAGCCUGCCUGCUUACUGCUUAACACACUGUUCUCAUUAUUAAAUCACUGAUGGCUAAUGUUUCAGAUGUGUCUGUACCUCUGUGUGCAGAUGAGGAAACGAUCGCACUUCAGUCGGAACUGGAGGCUGUGGAGAAGCAGAUCCAGGAUCUACUAGAGAAGCAGUCACGGCUGCGAGAACGAAAAACGGCGCUGGAAACAUCCAGAGCCGACGCUCGCAAAUCCGCGGUAAGUUUUCAUCGCGAUUUUAAUACUCCUUCCACUUCUACUCCGCGUGUUUCUCUGCACAGAGCCCAGGCUUCGAGAACACGGUCAGCCCAAAUGAACUUCACUCCUGCACCGGCACACCCACGGCGAAAGGCGCGAGCCAGGACUGGAGCGAUGACCCAACCGCCGCCACCGGUCUUCGAGAUCCCGACCAGGAACCGCUUUGCCGCCCUCUGCGAGACGGAAUGCAACGCUGUGGUCAUCGGAGACUCAAUCGUCCGGAACGUACCUGCGAUCCUGAAGGACGAUGCUAACGUCGGAGCUGUCGUGCUGCACGCGGGGGCGAAUGACGUCAGGAUGAGGCAGUCGGAGAUCCUGAAGAGGGACUUCAGGAGUCUGAUCGAGACGGUACGCAACGCAUCGCCCACAGCGAGGAUCAUCGUAUCAGGGCCGCUUCCUACCUACCGACGAGGGAAUGAAAAGUUCAGUAGACUAUUUGCUCUAAAUAAAUGGUUGAUGUCAUGGUGUAUUGAACAGAAGCUGCUCUUUGUUGAUAAUUUUGAUCUGUUCUGGGAGCGACCUAGGCUCUUCCGCCCUGACGGCCUGCACCCCAGCAGCAUCGGAGCGGUUCUUCUGUCUGACAACAUCUCAAAGACGCUACGCACCGCUUGACUACGUCUCCCAGCGGUAAGUCAAAACUUUAACCAUAGUCUGUGUUCCUCCCACUCAUCUGUUAUAAAUGUUACUGCUUCCAAAUGCAUAGAGACUGUGUCUGUCCCCCGAAUAAU